UCAGAUGCGUGGACGUCACUUGCGCCGCAGCACUGAACAACAUGGAGAACCCUCGGCCGGUCGAGCCUGAGCCUGAGCCUGACGAGACUCAAUUCUGGCAUGGUUUGUCUAAUGAACAAAGAACUGCCCUACAAGUGACUGCUGCACUUCUCGGGAGAAGCGUCCGUGAGUUACUGCUGAUACGGAUUGAUGCCUCCUCUGCUCAGCAGUUUAGUGACCCCGAAAAUCCGGCUGCAACGCAUCCCGACGUGUCAGCGAGCAACCUGAACUUCGCCUUCGCAGAUCCAGACCUUGAUGUAUUCGAGGCCUUGCAUUACGAUCCUCUCGCUUCAGAAUAUCUCGGGAUUGCGGAUGGGCCUUCAUUCACACAGCCAGAACCUGAUUUCGAUCCCUCCUGGUUUGGUCAGGCUGGCCAGGAUUUCGACGACUCCUUGGAACUAUUAGACUCCUUUGACUUGAAUACAGCGUCUGAGCAUGGUGCCUCGUCCGCAAUCACCAAUUUGAGAGACAUUCUUCUUGAAACCGACGAGACGAUCAACGAUCCUUUUUCUUUACGGUGCAACAACGUGCAAGUGAUGCCCCACGACACAUCAACAAAUUCGUCAUCUUCUCUUAGUUCCUGGAUAAACAUCACUCCCCCUUCAGAGCGAGCACACUCACCGACACAACGCUCACUUUCGGCCAACCCGAACAAAGAACCUCAAGAUACCCUCGAUCUCGACCAGACACCCAGCUCAAGCAGUCGUCGUCGGAAGACUCCUUCGCACGUGACUGGGAGCACUCAUUCAAGAUCCAAUGGCUCGGAACGGAUCGGUAGGGCAAACAGGCAAGAAGAGGGUGUCUUACAGGCCUCACGGAAUCGAAAGUCCCGCGGCGCAUUCACAACAGAGCAGGACAGGGACAAUACUGCGCUGACGCGAAAGUUGAACGCAUGCAUGCGUUGCCGAAAUCUUCGCAUCCGGUGCGAGCCAAACCCUGUUAACCCAAAUGGACAAUGUUUGACUUGCGCCAAAAGAUCAAGACCGAGGCUGUCGGUUCUCCCUUGCUUGCGCUACCGAAUUUCAGACGUCUCAUUGUAUCGAGAGGAACUCAGACCGAAUGUCAUCUGGACUAGCCGAUGGCAGAAUAACGAAUCUCACAACGUUACAACCUGGGCAAACGACCAAAUAAGGAGAGUGCGAGUAACGCAGGGACUUCCACAAGCAAGCUACGAAUUGGAGGUGCGGGAAUUUCAGGCCAACCCGGGUGACUCCUUGGAAAAGAUCUGGGUGCACAACGGGGAGGUGAAGAAGGUUGCGAUCAGACCUUUUGCUAUUGUCGACAUGUCCCAGGCGGCAACCGUGGGAAAGCAAUACCUUGAUGAGAACGUCCUCAAAUACGUGACCGACACUAUGUCAUCGGAAGAUCCGCUCAUCCAGGAAACAUAUCGCAUGGCAUACAGGCAGGCGACAGAGUCUGAGAAGCCAGAAGAACGCAUUCUGCUGUCCAGCGUACUUCGGCUGUGGGUUGCAGCUAGAGUGGCGAGCAGAACGGAAUGGAUCUGUGGAGAUGAUACACUGGGUAUGAAGCCCGUGGCUGAUCCUUCGAGUCCUUACUAUGGUCGGAUACCACUCCCACCGGUGAUGAGUGCGCAAAUCUCGAUAAUUUCGCAGCAGUUCAUGCUUAAGCCGUUCAAGUUAGCUGUCCUCGAAACCCUCCAUGGCCUCACCUCAAAGCAGAAAAAGCGGUAUUGGCUUGCCAUCUACCUCGCCAUUUUCAUUCUGCUACACGGCUGUUCGAUGAUGACCAAAAGGGACGAGGAAUAUGCGCGACAGAUAAAUCUUGGAACACGUUUCGCAAACCCCGAGAGUAUUCGAGACCACCACCAUGGCUGCCUCAUCUUGCUACAGUAUUUUCACUCUCGGAACAGAGGAAGGCAGCCGUUUGCAUUGACCAAAGAUCCAAAGGGGCUGGAUGAGCUCCGGAAGUUUGGCGAAUUUGACCAAGUUCAGGUCGAAUUCGUCCGCCGAACAUGGGAGUGUGUUCGAAGAAAUUGGACCUCGAUGAUAGAAGCACGAGACAAGAAAGACUUUGGAAACAGCUACUAUUUCGUUUCGCAACUCUUUGAUGAGCCCUGGAAGCCAUCAUCAACCGCAUAACAUGGAGCAUUGAAAAGGAAAACUCGUCCGACACCACCCGACAAGCCGACUCCCAUCUAGUCGCAAGAGGGCGGCUGGCUUACACAAACGACCGUCCACCUUGACGGGUUUGAAAUCCCAUACACAAGUUCGGUCGUCGUCAUCGAAUACUCGUGCCCAUGCCAACUCCAAUGCAAGUGGGAGUGUCCACAGCGAUUGCUGAUUGCUCAACGAUAGCCGCAGACGGUGACGUUGUGAGUCAGUCUCCCUCGUCCUCAAGUGCUUCGCGGGAAUACAGGAUAGUCAUUUUGUUGAUGACACACAUGUCGCCUUUCUUCAUGGGACAGCUUGACGGAAUUGGCUUCUGCAAUGAAGUGGACUGCAUCUAGUGCUUCGGCUUGUUUUGCCGUCAGUGCUGGGAUAGCUUUGCUCCGCGGAGUCUCGGGCGAGCCCUCCAAGAGUCUUUUCGACAUGCCCAGGAGGAUUUUCUGAUCGACAUGGAACAGCAAGGGCUUGUUUGUGAUAUGGAGGGGUGCGCCCAAAACUACGCGGCCAAAGACGCCAGUGAGGAGAUGACACAUGGAGCAUUAUUUUUGAGGGAACUCAGGUUACCUGGCAAGCCUGGAUGAUUCGAAUCUGCCCGAAAUCGAGCAUCAACGCAUUCUCCCUCGUUAUCAGUAGCCAACAUGAACGAAUGAUUGCCAGCCUGAGAAGUGACUCGUGGUCCUGAUGAUGAAUGACCUGCGUGUCAAUUAUGCACCGCUGAUGCAACCUAUGCCAUGUUCUGUCUCGCAGAGACUAUCUUCAACAACACAAUUCGAUCCCAAUUCUUUGUUGUCGGACACCCAGAAUUGACUCUGAAAUAUCCC